GGUGGCGCUGCUGAGCGGCACCGGGGCAUCGGGCACCCGCCUGGCCUGGCCUGCCCUCCCGUUCCCCCGCAGCCCCCCUCCGGCGGGUAGGAAGGGCGCGCGGCGAACAUGGCGGCGGCCAAGGCGGUGGGGCGGGACACUCUACCUGAGCACUGGUCUUAUGGCGUCUGCAGGGACGGCCGGGUCUUCUUCAUCGACGACCUGACCCGCGCAACUACUUGGCUGCAUCCUCGCACCGGGGAGCCCGUCAACUCGGGCCACAUGAUCCGCUCAGAUCUGCCCCGUGGCUGGGAGGAGGGAUUCUCGGAAGAGGGAGCCAGCUAUUUCAUUGACCACAACCACCAAAUGACAACGUUUAAACAUCCAGUGACUGGUCAGUUUUCCCCAGAAAACGUGGAGUUUGUUUUACAAGAGGAUCAUAAUUCACAUAUGUCCAAGCAUCAGAUAAACCAAAGACCUUCAAGUAUGGUCAGUGAAACAUCUACUGCGGUAACUACAUCCACUACAGAUAUAAAACAUGGAUCCAAGUUGGUAAAAUCUGGCAAUAAAAUUCAUAGCUUUGGGAAAAGGGAUCAAGCUAUAAGGAGGAAUCCUAAUGUUCCUGUUGUGGUAAGAGGCUGGCUUCAUAAGCAAGAUAGCUCUGGAAUGAGAUUAUGGAAAAGAAGAUGGUUUGUGCUGGCCGAUUACUGUUUAUUUUAUUACAAAGACAGCAGAGAAGAAUCUGUUCUUGGAAGUAUACCAUUACCUAGUUACGUAAUUUCACCUGUGGGACCUGAAGAUCAUAUAAAUCGCAAAUAUUCCUUUAAGGCUGUCCAUACAGGCAUGAGGGCUUAUAUUUGUAAUAAGAGUUCUGUUAUUGGCUCUCAGGCAGAGCAUUCAGGGAUGCGCACAUACUACUUUAGUGCAGAUACUCAAGAAGAUAUGAAUGGCUGGAUCCACGCUAUGAAUCAAGCUGCUCUUAUGCAAACACAUUUUUCACCGAAGAGAGAAACAGGAAAAACAGAUCAGCAAGCUGUCCCUCAAGCUAAUCAUAUGGAUGCCUGCAAAGAAGUUAUGAAGUUAGAACCUGCUGAUGCAAAAAGAGGCUACAGAAAAUCACCCGAAAGCUCUGCAUAUGGCAAGCAUGAAGAAAUGAAAAAAGCAAGAGAUGAUGAACAUUACACUGUAAGGAAGAACGCUGUGGAUUCCAGAUGGGAGAAACCUAAACAUCAGUUAGAACCUGGUGGAACACUGAAUCUGGCACCAAGUAUCUCUCGGCCUCAAGCAGCUCAGACUCUUGAGAAGAAUGGAGUGUUUCCCAAUUCAAGUCCAGUAGAGCAGAAUGGUGUCAGUUUCUAUAAAAGAGGCUUUGUUCCCAGAUCAACACAAAAUGAGACACAAAGGAAAAGUAACAUGGCUCACAUAGAACAUUGGGUAAAAGUCCAGAAGGGAGACCCCAAAAGUCUUGCAUCUGACCAGACUCUUAUUCGCCAAGUACCAAGCCAUUCUGUAUCCUUUCCUGAAAAUUAUCAUACUUUGCCAAAGAAUACUAGGCAGCCUUCAGGAAGCUCACCUCCCUCAAAUCGUGAUUUGCCAAGUGACUACAAAUAUGCUCAAGACCGGGUAAGCCACCUGAAGAUGUCCCAUGAUGAGAGAAAAGCUAACAAAGAUGGUACUGUAUGGCAGCUGUAUGAAUGGCAACAAAGAAAACAAUUUAAACAUGGGAGCCCAACUGCACCUGUUUAUAUCAGUUCUCCAGACUUUACAGAUUGUAGUAAGGGAAGAAGUUCAUUAGAAGUUCCACGUUCAGUUUCUGUUCCCCCUUCCCCAUCUGAUAUACCUCCACCAGGACCACCCAAAGUUUUUAUACCACGAAGACCACACACUCCCGCAGAAAGGGUUACUGUCAAACCAUCUGAUGGGAGACAAACAAUAGAUGUCCCUUUUGUUGGCUCGCCAAGGAAAAUUCGAAACCAAACUGUAAAAAAUUCAGUACACAUAGAUAGGCGUUCCAUGCCUACAAUGGGAUAUAUGACCCAUACUGUAAGUGCUCCAAGUUUGCAUGGGAAAUCGCCUGAAGAGCUAACAUUGCUUCUCAUUCGAUUAAGGAGACAUCAGGCUAAGUUGACUCAUAUACGAAAUUACACAAUCGCCCAAUUACUACAGCACUUGCCAGCUAAUUCCACUUAUCAGGCUGACGAUACCUACAUCCAGCUGAAGAAAGACCUUGAAUAUUUGGAUCUGAAGAUAAAAAAUAAUGGACCUCUGAUCAACAUGGUUUACAAAGUGCUAAAGAGCUCAGCGCAAGGGUUACUAUCCAGUAUAAAUAUGACAGGGCGUGAUACAAUAAAAGAACGACACGCAAAACCCAUCAGAAUUGGAGAAAGUGAUAUUGACGUAAAACUAAGUGUCUUCUGUGAGCAAGACAGGAUUCUGCAAGACCUAGAAGACAAAAUAAGAGCCCUUAAAGAAAAUAAAGAUCAGCUGGAAUCUGUUUUAGAAGUGUUACAUAGACAGAUGGAACAAUACAAAGACCAACCACAGCACACAGAAAAAAUUUCAUAUCAACAGAAACUUUUGCAGGAAGAUCUCAUACGUAUUCGAGCUGAAAUAUCCAAAGUAUCUACAGAAAUGGAAAAUGCCUGGAAUGAAUAUCUGAAAUUGGAAAAAGAUGUGAACCAGCUGAAGCAAGCUCUGCAAGAACAGAUGAAUAGAUCAUGUUUUUCUCAGGAGAAAACUCAAAUGCAAAAAGAUUUAUGGAGAAUUGAAGAUGUUACAGCUGGCCUAAGUGCAAAUAAAUCGAACUAUGAAGUCAUAAUUGAAUCCAUCAAGAAUCCAGAACGAAAAACAGUGCCUUCAUUUUCAAAGCCUCUAGUGCCUUCAUCAUCAUCUACUCUCAUGUCAACAGACAGCAAACUUUCUACUCAGCGAAGUCCACCAUCUAGUCCUGUCAAGCCCUCAUUGGAAGUCAGACUUUUUCCUCAGCCUUAUACACAGCCCAGAAUGUUUUCUCCAUCCCAACAAAUGAAAAAAGUUGAACCUCCAAUCCAGUCACCAGUAAAAUUAAAACCAAAGGUUGAAGAUGAAGCACCACCAAGACCUCCUCUCCCACAGUUGUAUAGCCCUGAUGAUAACCCACCAGCUGUUCCACCUCUUCCUAAAGAAGCUACUGUAAUAAGGCAUACAUCAGUGCGUGGUCUCAAACGUCAAUCUGAUGAAAGAAAACGAGACCGUGAACUUGGACAGUAUGUAAAUGGAGAUUACAGGGUAGAACUCCGCUCAUAUGUGAGCGAACCUGAAUUGGUAACAAUAGGCGGUGAUCUGAGCCAACCUUCUAUUGGUUUUCUUGGUACUGACAGCAGAUACCAAACAUUACCUAGCAGAGGAUUAUCUGGUUCAGCUUCUAGACUCCAUCAGUCAUCAACAAUUUCAUCAUACUCAACACUUCGAAGAGAUGCUUCCAAGGAGAGACCAAAGAGUGCCUUGGAACGCUUAUACUCUGGAGAUCACCAAAGAGGAAAAAUGAGUGCCGAGGAACAACUAGAAAGAAUGAAGCGCCAUCAAAAGGCAAUAGUUCGUGAACGCAAAAGAACUCUUGGUCAAGGAGAAAGACACUCUGUCUCAUCACGAUCAUUCAUCCAACCUGGUUCUGCAGACAUAGGCUCAUGGAAGCGGGAGCAAGAAUUUGACUUGCAGUUAUUGGAAAGAGCAGUGUGUACAGAACAAAAAAUUGGAGAUAAUUGGUUAAAAAUCGAACCUGUUGCAGUAACAGAGACAGAUCUAGAGCCUGAAGAUUAUAACUUGGAUAUUAGCAAAGAGUUGUCAAAACCAGAAAAGGUUGCAAUCCCCGAACGUUACGUUGAAAUGGAGCCUGAAGAUCCACUCACUCCCGAAGAAUUAGCAGCAAGAUACUAUAAGGCAGAAAAAAUAAGGCAUAUUCUGACCAAAUCAAGUAUGCACAACCUACAGCCUCCAAUUCAGGACAAAUACAACUCUUCUGAUGUAGAGUCACAACUACAUGAGCAAGAACGCAUCAUUACCAUAUCAUAUGCGCUGGCUUCUGAAGCCUCUCAGCGGAGCAAAGAGGUAGCAGCUCUGCAGUUGACUUACCCACCUAAAGCACCCUCACCUUCUGUAACUCAGCCACUCCCCUUAAGCAAUGGAUUUCACUACACAUUUGUCUAAACUCCUUGAAAGUAAGAACUGACUGCUCUUGCUGCCUAUUUUGCCAUUAAUGAUAUGCUUCACCACUGUUGGAGCUCUCUGUAAAUGUUAUGCCUGCAUGCCAACUUUAGUGACCUAAAGUUUCUUUACUCCUUCAGUUAAGAAAAAUAAAAACUCUUACAAGGUACAUUUGAACUUACGGAAAUUGUCAGGAACUGCUGUGAGAUUGCAAGUUGUUUUGAUUUCCCUAUCACAUUUUAAGAUGAAAUGUAUAGAGGUGGUUUUGUGGUAGCAGGACCCGCAUGUUGAAGAUUACACCAUAAAAAUGGGAAUUGCCACAAGCCGUCUCUCGUGGAAACGAGAAAAAACCUAAAAUAGUAAAUAACAUUUAAAUAAAUAUUAACUAUGCAAAUUAUGUUGACAAGAAAACAGAUAUUAUUAUUGGUAGCAGAAAUAAAAGAGCCUUCAUUUCCCUACGACAAGUCAUAAAUUGAAGAAUAGUUAUGGCAAUUAUAAUUACAGAAACAAACCCUGCCACACUUUUUGGGGAUUUGCCCUGGCAAUGAACCAAGUUGUACAUAGUUUCAUAGGGUUAUUCUAUGUUUAAAAUAUAUUAUCUUUUUUGAAAAGAAAAGGAUGUUUAUUCCCAAGUCAGUGUGUGUUUCACAUUAGAAUAUCAGAACCAUUGCCUUUUAUUCAUGAUAGUGCUAUAAUGUAAUUGAGUGAACUGAUCAUGCUUGGGGGAUUUCUUUUUUUAUUAAGAUUGAUUAACAAAACAAUUUUGUUUUAUUUCUUGGGUUUUCUGGGGGAGCGUCUGUAAAAUAUCAGGUAUGUAAAAAAGUUGAAGGGGGGAAGCGAUGUGCUUUAUAAGGUGAUCUAAUCUACCUGCCCCAUCAUAAGCCUCUUCUGUUCACAGCCUAAAAUUACCUAUGUGCACUACUAGUUAUUAACAGCUAUUGAAAAAUUCAUUCUUUUUCACAAAGUUGUUUCAACAAUAUGUAACUGCAUUAUGUUUUUCUUUAUGCCAGCCAAGGCAGUAACUGAACAGUGAUUCCUGGAAUGUGUCAGUAACAAUCACCUAAUGAACAAAUGCACAAAUGCAACCAGGACGAAGGAAGAGGUGUCGCCAUGCUAGCUUUCUCUCCAAACUAUUCUUAUUUGAACACAUUUUAUAAUUAAGUACAGAGAACGUUUGUACAAAAAAGAGAGAGAGAGAGAACAACUUUGUAUAAGAAAAGAAACCAGAUAAUUUAACAGUACUUUUAAUAUUCUAUGUAAAAUAUGUGCAAUGGCCAUAAUUCACCGCAUGGUCAAGCAUAUUCAGGUCCUGCUGAUGUUCAUAGAUUUUAAAGGUUUAGUGUGCUGGACUAAAUGACAAUGAAUUUUUAGGAACAGAAUAUGUAUUAGAUUUGUUGUUAAAAAAAAAAAAACAAGGGCUGCAUAUGUUUAAAAGAUUGGAUGCAUCCAAUAAGAGGCAUCAUUAUUUUCUUUGGAUUUUUGUUUUUAGAAAGGAAAAUUUUGAAAACCAUUAUACUGUUAGAUAGAUAUACAAUGAGUUUAUAUAUAUAUAUAUAUA